CUUUUUUUUAUGUUUCUGAAGCCUGAGCCGUACCUCAAGUGUUCCAACUUCCCUAGAUAAGAAGAAAGGGAAAAAUGGAACUAGCGUCAAUGGCUGCAAGUUCCAACUUUCCCAUACUAAACCCCAGAAACCCAUAUAGAACCCAAAUGGCUUCUUCACCGUACUCAUCAAUCCAGAAUAGCUCCAUUACUGUUCAUAGUAAAAAGGAGGAUGGUAUUGAAGUUACUAUGCCAACCAUGUCUGAGAUAUUGGAAUCAUCAAGGUCCCAGAAACUUGAUCUUAAGCUUCAAACGCUAGGACCCUUUUUCAGAAUCACAGCCAAAAGCAUGGAGACAGAUAAAGAGCUUGGAAGGGCUGAGGGAUUCGUAAGGGUCUGGCUAAGAGGGAGAAUUCUUCACCUGGAUUCAAUCAGGUUGCAAAGAGAGACAAUUGGAAUGGAGAAAUCAAUCUUUGGCAUUGGUUUGUUCAUUGGAGCAGUUGCAGUUCGACAUGGCUACGAUUGUGGUUGCAACACAGCUGAGUUGCUGGCUAUCAAUGACACUGACAAGUACCAUCAAAAGCUUGUUAGGUUCUACUCAAGAAUUGGAUUCAAAGCUGUGUAUGAAGUAACUGGUUCAACAUUUGGAGACCUUGCCCACAUGUUGGUCUGGGGAGGAGUUGGGACGAGAAUGGAUGCCAAAGUUGAAGCACUUCUUAUAAAAUGGUGCAGCAGGUUCAAAUCUCGACACUGACUUGACUAGUUACACUACAUUGUUGAGUUGUUUCCGAUGACCAGAAUACAUCAAUUUGGUUGCUGGGGAUGCCGUGUGAGAAUAGAAAUCAAUUUUCUGGAGCUUCUGGCUUCUGGCUAGCUUAACUAGGUGAGAAGAUGUUGAUGUUUCAAUAGAUAAUUUGUCUAUAUUUGAUUCUAGAAUGAAGCAAUUGCUCUGUAGUUUACAGCAGGUUGAAACCAAGAUAAUUAAACCAAAAGGCCAAAGGGUAC